AGAGUGGUGAAGAAAAAGCAAAAGGAGAGAGAAGGCUGCGACACUCUUCUUUAACUUUCCCCUUUGUUCUCUCUUAUUGGAUGCUAGGGAUUGCGAUUUAGUAGCAGCCACACUUCCAUUUUAACCUAACCAUGGAUUUCGAUUGACUCUUCGCUCCACUUUUUAUCAUCUAUUUUCCGUUCAAUUCAACUCAGUGUUCUUGUUUUACUGCUACUUGCUGUUAUCUUAUCUCUCCGGCGAAUUCACUGGUUCUCUGCCAUGGAAAAUACAGAAUCAGUUGCAACACUCAUAGACUCAACAAGCACUAAGAUACAGCAACUUCAGAAAGCAUUUGCUGAACUUGAAAGUCACAGGGCUGUAACACUCAACUUGAAAUGGAAAGAACUUGAAGAACAUUUCCAUGGGCUUGAAAGGUCCUUGAAGAGGCGUUUUCAUGAGCUGGAAGAUCAGGAAAAAGAGUAUGCGACCAAAACUACUAAAGCUCAAGAAACAUUAAAGAAGCGUGAAGCUGCUGUUAUGGCCAAGGAAGAAGCUUCAUUGGAAACACUUCAAAAGAAAAGAGAUGCUGCUGUCUUUGCAAUUUCUGGUGCACUAGAGAAGCACAGAAAAGUUUCAUCUGUAGAACAUGAUGCUGUUACCAAAGAGUUCCACUUUGCAGUCCCAACUGUUCGAGACGAACCAUCUGAUACCACAGCUUCUGAUAGUUACCUGGGAGAGACUAAUAAUUCUUAUGAACAUGAAAGUGUAGAGGUUUUGUCGUAUCCAGAGUUGAUCAAAUUAUGUGAAGCAAUGGAUUCAGAAGGGUUGCAUAAAUUUGUUUCAGACAAUCGAAAGAACCUUGCUGUCUUGAAAGAGGAAAUCCCGAUUGCUCUGAAGGCUGCAGAAAACCCAGCCCAAUUGAUUCUGAACUCUUUGGAAGAUUUCUAUCCCAUUGAAAUACCAAAUGUUGAUGGGAAAAAAGAUUCUGGCCUCUUGGGUCUUCGUCGAACUUGUAUCAUGUUGAUGGAGUGCCUUAGCAUUUUGCUUAUGCAUACAGAUCUACUUUCUGAUCUAAUCUCAAAGGACAUUAAGGAACAGGCAAAAGAAAUUGCUGAAGAAUGGAAACCCAAGUUGGAUGCUCUUGAUGUGGAUGCUAGCAACGGGAAUUCCUUGGAGGCACAUGCUUUCUUGCAGCUUCUGGCUACAUUUGGCAUUGCUUCUGACUUUCACGAGGAAGAACUAACCCGGCUAAUUCCAAUGGUUUCUCGCCGUCGUCAAGCUGCUGAACUUUGUCGAUUUCUUGGGCUGUCAGAGAAGAUGCCAGGGAUUAUUGAAGUACUGGUAAAUAGUGGAAGGCAAAUUGAUGCAGUUAACUUGGCUUUUGCUUUUGAGUUGACCGAGCAGUUCUCACCUGUACCUAUAUUGAAAUCAUACUUGAAGGAAGCAAGAAAAACCACUUCACCUGUGAAGCCUGGAAGCGCAUCGCCCACUUCAGUGCAGAAUGAGGUCAACGAACGAGAGCUGACUGCCCUUAAGGCUGUUAUAAAAUGCAUCGAAGAGCAGAAGCUUGAGGAGCAGUAUCCGGUUGACCCGCUCCAAAAACGCCUUCUUCAGCUGGAAAAGGCCAAGGCAGACAAGAAGAGAGAUGCCGAAGCUGCCAAGCCUCAACCCAAAAGGCCUCGUGCUAAUGGUGUUGGAUGUGGGGCCCGUGUAACUAAUGUUGCUGCUGACAGACCAUUCUAUCCUAGAGUCCCUGAUAGGUACCCGCAGUACGUGUAUGACAGACAAUACAUAUACCCCAGCCCCACUGACAGCCAUAUCCCGUCUCACAUGGGUUCCGCUACUUACAACUUUGCUCCAAGUCACGGCAACUACUUCGGAAAUUGCUACCAGUAUCAGACUCCGUAUCUUCACUAGUUAGCAAAGGUGGCGAAUUAAGGUGACCAUGAUCCUGAUUUUAACUGUUAGCCUUAACCCUUUCAGUCUGUUGAUGUUGUAUGAUGAAUUUAAUUAUCUGAAAAAAACCAAAAAAGAAAAAAAAAAGAAAAACUAAGUAAAACUGUUCUGUAAUUUUAAUCUGGUGUAGAAGAGUUAAAUUGAUCCUCUAAUAUAUGUACUUUGUUUUGUGUA